AUGUCUCAGCUCACUGUGACGCUUCUUCUGUUCCUGGGCUCUGGUGCUUUGGCCUCCCAUUUCUACGGUGGGACCAUGACCUUCAACCCAAAAGGGCAGGACCCAGAUGGAUCUUAUAGGGUGGACUUUCGCUUCAAGGAGGCCUAUGCUCAUAUGUGUUAUCCAUGGAACUCCUGGCUUUGCUCCAGUGGGGACUGUGGGAGCCUUACCAACUAUGCAGGAGGUGAAAUAGACAGCAUGACUGCUGGAAAUCAGUGGUGUCAGUUUGAGGGCUUCUUUACCAGACAUAUUUCAAGCAACUUGCCUUUUGAAAUGCGUGUUCCGCAGAACUGUCCCAACGCAAUUAACCUAAUGGCUCAUGAUCCUGAUGGAGAUCAUGUUAGAUGUAGAUAUGGACAGAAUUUUGCUGAGUGUGGCUCAUGCUACCAGCAGCCAGAUUUCCACAUGGAUCAAGACACCUGCACUAUAUUCUACAACUCCUCAAGUGUUGGAGUUUACAUCUUUGAGCUUGUUCUGGAGGAUUUCCCAAGACAGCAAAUCUUGCUCUCCUAUACCGAUGGCUCACAGUCUGUUAAGUCUCCACUGUCACUCCUGCACCCUGCAACACAAUCCUUCACCACAACUGUUUCUGCUUCUUCUGUUUCACCAAUCAGCAAGAUUCCUUUACAAUUUGCUGUCCAGGUUGAUGGAUCAGUGCCUUCCUGCACUGAAGGUUUAUACUUACCCAGGUUUCUAUAUCCAACUCCACACAAUGGAGACUUCCUCAAUGUCUCACUGGGUCAUGACUUGGAAAUCAGAAUUAAAGCAGGAGCUACGCACUCUCAGCUCAGUGAAUUCAUCAUCAGUGGGCCUCUGAACAUCACUGAGACUCAGACU